AUGCUGCGUCUGGCCGAAUGGAAAGACGCACAAACCACAGACGAUGCAGACAAAAGUGACGAAGUUCGCAGCACCUCGCAACUGGCGAGCACCCCGCCGCAACCGAGUUCCCAGGUAGCUGGAGUGCCAACACCCGCGUCGCUACGCUGGCUGAGUCAACAGCGUCUCCAGCAGGACUUGACGGAGCUCGGCGUGACUGCACCGGAACUCGAGCUGCAGUUUCCGGACCUUUCGGAUAUCUCCCGGUUUAUCGUAACGCUGUCUCCAGCAGAGGGCUGGUACAAGGGUCUGUGCUUUCGCUUUGCGUUUACGGUGCUGGAGACGUAUCCUUUCGAGCCGCCACUGGUUCGCUGCCUCGACGCUGUCUGGCACCCUAACCUGGACGAACACGGUGCGGUCUGUCUGAGUAUUUUACGUGAGGACUGGCGACCCGUGUAUACGCUCGUAUCGCUAGUUCAAGGGCUUUUGCACUUGUUACUGGAGCCGAACCCGAACGAUGCUCUAAACGCUGCAGCCGCCGAGAUGCUGGUGCAAGACCCCGCCGCCUUUCAGGCUCGUGUUCACCAGCAGGUUCGGGAGCGCCAAUACCAUUUCGAGAACGCUGCACCUCCAUGA